GUUGGCUCAGCACCCUUACUUCAUCGCGGGGUAGCCAUCACUGCCGCCGCCGACAUCGACUCCAUCUACCUGCACGAUCUGGCGUUGAGACUGCAAUUGUCGAACAGGUGUCGACAAGCUUCUUAUAGACUGCUCACCAUGACGGAAGCACAAACAUCGUUGCGCAGCCCCUCGCACGCUCGCCAGGCAUUCUCGUCGGUCAUCUCUCCCCUGCAGAGCGAUCGCUCUGCAAGCAACACCCACACCUCCCACGCACACAGGGAUCCGGGCACCCUGUUCCGCUCCUUAGUGGGAGAUUGGCAUGUUCGCCGAAAGAUACAUCACGGCCGAAAAUCAAAGGGCAUCGAUGGACGGUUCGAGGGCACUGCGACCUUCUUCCUCCGCGCUCCAACUGCAGACAAGCCGGAGGAGGGUAUGCAAGAGUACCUGUAUCGCGAGCAUGGCACGUUCACCACCGCAACGGGUACCUCGUUCCCUGCGCAGAUGAAAUACGUGUAUCGGUACCAUCCGGCAUCGACGCGGAUUUCGGUCUGGCGCGUGAAGCCAGGAGCCUCUGCUGCGCUUCCUGAUGCGGGCGACGUGGACGAUUGGUUCCACGAUAUCCUCUUGGACUCGGAGACCUCCUCCGACGUGCGAGCACGGGCAUCGACGUGGUUUGCGGACCAUCGGGACGCGGGGAGCUGUGCGGCCAGGGGCAGCGAGCAUCUCUGUGUUAGGGAUCUGUACAAGCCUUUUUACCGAUUCUGCUUCAAGGGAGAUGAGCUGGUGGAGUUUGGGGUUGGCUAUGAGGUGAGCGGCCCAAAGAAGGACUAUACCAGCGAGGCGUGGUAUGAGCGGUCGUAGCGUCUCGCGCGUAGGUGCUUGCCACCUCUGGGAGUCUUAGAAAUGAGGAACGUAAUAGAAGUUCGUGCCACUAGAGUAUCGAUGAGCUCUACCGUUCGCUUGUAUGGAUCAUACGUACAGUUGAUUGCUCUAGACCUCUUGCUACCAAUGUACUGUUGCAUUUUCAUUCCACACCCACCUACUGUGUACUUGUGGCAACUCAACGUAUAAAUGAUGAGAGGAUGAAGAACGGCGAUCUCGAGGAGGGGUCCGUACCUCAAGCAUCCUGCAUUUAGAUUUUGAGAUUCCUCUAUAUGUGCCUUGGUCUUCCACUUGUCGGUUCAUCCGUC